UGCAGGCACACUCACUCUGCACAAGUCUCUCUCCAAGGAGGCCAGGAGAAAAACUUAGCCGGAGGACCCAACAAAGUCUUUCUCCCAUUCCUUUCCCACUCCAGAUUCCACUGUGACCAAGGAAGCAUCCAACGUCCAUCAUGGCCGCUGCUGCCACCAGCCUCUGCCUGCUUGUUGUCCUGAUGGCUCCGUUGUGCCCCUCCCGGUCUCUUCACCAUAUGGCGCUGGAUGACAACGGCGGCAGUGGAGAUAGUGAGGGGGCUUCCUCCGUCCCACCCCCCGCGAGCGUGACGUUGGGCGCGAACCCCACCUCGGACGACAUCCUCGUGACUUCGUCGAACGGGACUUUGACCCCCUUCAACAUCUUGGACGGGAUCAUGGACUUCUUCCAGAAGUACAUGCUGUUGAUCAUCGUGGUGGGCUCCCUGGUCUUCAUCUUCCUGUUCAUCGUGUGCACGGCCGUCAUUGUCCGGCAGAAGCACAAGGCCUCGGCCUACUACCCGUCGUCUUUCCCCAAGAAGAAGUACGUGGAUCAGAACGACAAGUCGGGCGGAGCCAAGGCCUUCAGCGAGGUCCCCGAGAAGCCCGCCGAUACCAACCGGGAAGAACCGGUCGAUUCCACCAAACAGCUGCAGGCCGACAUCUUAGCUGCUGCCCAGAACCUGAAGUCCCCAACCAAGGCCGUCACGGCAAACGGGGAGAGCACCAAAAUAGAGGACGGGCCGGCCAAAGGCGAGGAGGAGCAGGGAGCGAAAGAGACCAGUGAUGAGAGCGAAAAAGAAGAGGAAGGUGCUUCCAAAGAACCGGACCGUCCCCAGGAGGAGGCCGAGCCGUCCCCGGAAACGUCAGCGCCGCACGACUCGGUAAACGCCGAGAUAAAAGAAGACGCUCCGUCGACCGCGGAGGGACAGCAGGUGGAGGAAACCAGCCCCCCUCCUCCAGAAGAGCUCAAGGAAUCGCCAGGGACUGAUCCUUGCCCCACACAGAUCUCAGGGAACGAGAAGGAAGAACCGUGCCCCCCACCGUCCCCCGAAGCUUGUGCCUCGGGGGACUAAAAAAAUGAACUGGCUUUUUGUUUGGUUGGCUGCGGGUGCUGGAAGUUUAGGAUAUGAACUCUACGAUG